AUGAAGAAAGGUAGAGUUUGCGAGCUCUGCACUAACCAGGCUUCUCUCUACUGCACCUCCGAUGCAGCAUUUCUUUGCUUCCGUUGCGACGCUACAGUUCACCAGGCAAAUUUCCUCGUAGCUGCCCAUGUCCGCCAACCGCUCUGUGCCGAAUGCAUGGCUUUCACCGGAGACCAAAUUUCCGGUGCUGGAACUCUGACUCUCCCUCAGAUUUGUCAAUUUUGUUUGCCGGAUGCACUUUCUGACGACGUUGAUUCCUUGUCUUCUUCUUCAGCUUGCAUUUCGAGUACCCAGUCUUGUGUCGCUGGUCCGAAGAGGAUCGCGCUCAAAAAUCGGAGAGUAAGAGAGCAUUUAUUGAAACAUAGCGUCUCGAGCUCUCUAACGAAGAUAUCUAGAGAGGAUGUGAUUGUUCCGACAGCGUUGGCUAAGAUGAAGAUCGGACCGAGCGUGGACGCGAAGGCCGAGGGCAUUUUCAUGAAUUGGUGCAGGAAGCUAGGGGUAAAUGGUAUUUUGGUUGUUCCCUCGGCAGCGCAAGCAUUGGAAUUUUGUUUGGGCAGGGUGGCGGCUUUGUCCUUCAGAGUGUCUGCGGCGGUGUCGCUUUGGUUAGCCUUGAGAUUUUGCGGGGACAAGUCUUUGUCCACAUGUCAGAACCUGAGUAGGCUCCAGGAGGUGUCCGGAGUGCCAACUAAGCUGAUUCUGGCGGCCGAGGCAAGGCUCACACGUGCGGUAAGAAUCGGGAGAGCACGACGGGCUUUAGAGGAAGGAUGGGCCGAGUGCUGA